GUAGACCUGCUUCGAAUGGAACGUGAUGUCAUUUCGAAACUUUACGACUUCAGGAUGAGUGAAGAGAGACCAGAGGUCGAGCUGUUUGUGAAAGCAGGGAGUGAUGGUCAGAGUAUCGGGAACUGUCCGUUCUCUCAGCGGCUCUUCAUGGUUCUGUGGCUCAAAGGAGUGACGUUUAAUGUCACCACAGUUGACAUGAAGAGGAAGCCAGAUAUUCUGAAAGAUUUGGCUCCGGGCGCUCAGCCUCCGUUCCUGCUGUACGGCAGUGAGGUGAAGACAGACACCAACAAGAUUGAAGAGUUUCUGGAGGAAACCCUCAGCCCUCCAAAAUAUCCACGACUGGCUGCGCGUAACCCAGAAUCCAACACUGCAGGACUUGAUGUGUUCUCCAAGUUCUCAGCAUACAUAAAAAAUUCCAACCCUCAGAUGAAUGACAAUUUGGAGAAGGGUUUACUGAAGGCCCUGAAGAAGUUAGAUGAUUACCUGAACUCGCCUCUCCCGGAUGAGAUCGACGAGAACAGCUCUGAUGAUGUCACUUCCUCUAGCCGCCCCUUUCUGGACGGUCAGGAGCUCACGCUGGCCGACUGUAACCUGCUGCCCAAACUGCACAUCGUGAAGGUGGUGUGUCAGAAGUUCCGAGGUUUCUCCAUCCCUCGCUCUCUCGCGGCUCUCUGGAGAUAUCUGGAUGCAGCGUAUGCACGCGAGGAGUUCUCCUCCACCUGCCCCAGCGAUGAGGAGAUCCACAUGGCUUACUCCACUGUUGUGAAGGCUCUUAAGUAGAAAAACGCACACACACACACACACACACACUCUCUGUCCACAUUGUCCCGUGUGUUUCAAUAGUUGCUUGCAUUUCUUCAGCACCUGAGGCUUUAUGCAUUGGUGAGGUCCUGACGUCUUAUAUCGACUGAAAGUUUUGUAUUCCCUAGUUUUUGCACACAGAAUUAUGGUGAGCAUGAUGUGUUCUUCAGACCACACACACACAUCAUCUGUACACGUGAAAACAUGCAGCAAUCGUUUAUAGUGUUUUUCUUUCAUGAUGUGAAUCAGCUGGUCUGGGAUUGGCAGAGAGAAAUGGCCUCUAUCCCUUUUUUAAUUAUGACCGUAUUUUUCUCUUCUAGGCCUCUUACAGCCAAAAUUCUUCCAAUUAAAACUGUAUUGACUUCAUGUAGGUAUUUGACAUGCUAAGUGUUUAAUGUGGUCAGAUAAAGGGAAAUGAUGCCCCGAUGAAGUAUUGGCACUUUUUAACAGAUAUAAACCUGGUUUCUGCAUCUCUGUGUCUCAUUCUGCUGCACAAGCCCAUGUUUUUCAUACAUAAACAUCGCUCCAUAUGACCUCAUAUGUGCUAUAUUUGAUAUAAAUAUGAUAAAACACAUGAGGCUUUGUGUGAGAAACAGCCCUGAGUUCUAAAUCUGUAACAUGUGCAAAUCUCUGCAUAUCACUCUUCACUUCAAGCCUUUUAAUGUGUGAGAUGGUGUUUGCAAAAGAUAAAGUCAGUAGCAGGCAGAAAACCGCAUGGGUUGGUUGAUAUUUAACACAGGAACAUUUCACAGUGACUUUAUAAACUCCUGUACAUCAAACUGAUCGUGUCUUUACUGUCUGAGUGCUUUUACAGGCCAGGUCAAUAUCUGACAAGACGUCUGACAGAGAUUAUUUUAUAAGGGACCAUAACCGUUAGAUUGAAGUGUUUCUUAUGUUUCUUGCUGUUUAAAGUUCUUGAUGAGGUCUGAUUCCAAGAUGACAAGCUUUCUAAAUGUUUCUCAACAGUUUUUCUAUGUUUUUUACAUUCGGUAUAUCGUGUCCUGUAUUUUUCUGGUUUCAUACAUUUCAUAACACAACUGUUACUAUAUAUAUUCAAGUGUUUAUGUGGAAUAGAAUAAAUUCAGGGUCAGUAGAGUAAUGAUAUGCUCAAGUAAACAUGUUUAUUCAUUUGCACUUAAUGAGAAGCACAACACAAUGUUUGUAUUGAUUUUUUUAUAGAUUGGAUGAAGGGUUGACAAUAAAAUAUUUAAGGUCUU